AUGGCCAGGGCGGUGAUGGUGGCCGUGCUUCUCAUGCAACUCUGCAACGUCAUCCUCACGGCGAGGCCGCUGCUGGUUGCGGUGGCUGACGGCGGCAGGGCGACGACGACGACGGGGCAUGGCACGGAGGAGCUGGCGGUCAUGCUGGUCCUAAACGGCCCGGGAAGCAACUGCAAGAAAUGGCAGGCUCCUAACGACCCUCCCUGCCAAGCGCCCUAA